ACCAGAGCGAUGGAGCUCAACGGCGAAGGUCGUAUCUCCGGUAAACGUCCGACCAUCAUGGUCACCAACGACGAUGGAAUAGAUGCGCAUGGUCUUCGUGCUCUCGUUCGCGUCCUUGUCUCCACCAACCUCUACGACGUUCGCGUCUGCGCGCCUGAUUCGGAGAAAUCUGCUGUUAGCCACAGUAUAAUAUGGAGUAGACCCCUCACUGCACAAAGAGUUGAGAUUGAUGGAGCUGAAGCCUACGCUGUCUCUGGAACCCCUGCGGAUUGCACCGGUUUGGGCUUAUCGGAAGCACUCUUCCCUUCUCUUCCUGAUUUGGUUCUCAGUGGUAUAAACGUGGGUAGCAACUGUGGAUAUAACAUCGUCUAUUCUGGAACAGUUGCUGGCGCUCGUGAAGCGUUCAUUUAUGAUGUACCGUCUGCCUCCAUAUCAUAUGAUUGGAAAUAUGGAGAUAUCAAUGUUAAUGAUUUUAUCCUAGCUGCCCAAGCUUGCUUGCCUAUUAUUGACGGCAUAAUCAAUGCGAUCAAGAACAAAACUCACCCAAAAAAAUGCUUUCUGAAUAUCGAUUUGCCCACUGAUAUUGCUAACCAUAAGGGAUACAAAUUAACCACACAAGGCAAAAGCUUGACUAAAAUGGGAUGGAUACAAGUGGAGAAGGAAGCACAACGGGUGAAGAUGUUGUCUACAAUGUCAAUGGAAACAGAUUCAGGAGUAAUCUCAGACAACAACGCAACAUCUGCUCAUCAUCAUUCACAAGAUAGCCGUUUGUUCAAGAGAGAUGUAUCAUCGCUAAGGAAUAUGGUGGUUGAAGAAGGGACUGAUCUUCACUUCUUACAAGAAGGAUUUGUAAGCAUCCCUAUAUGUCUCUUUAACAAACUCAUCCCCACUACGUUAUCAAUACUUGUUGGUAAACACUCUUUUGAACUGCAGAUUACAGUGACGCUGAUAGGAGCUCUUUCUCAGGUUGAUGUGGAUUGUCAAAACUACUACAAAGAGUGGCUUCCCAAGAUUACAAACCAGCCAUAAUCUCCAUCCUUGUGAUGCCUCCAAAUGAGAAAAACAAAAGUUUUUUAUUGUGGACCACAAUUUGUGGUGGACCUAUUAUUAUGUCAGUAGUAGUUGUUUAAUUUCUCCAUGCUCUUGUGCUUAUUAUGCUGUGAGCAGCAAAAUAAUAGCACCCAGUUUCAUUUUAUUUCUGUUUAUGAGAGUCUUUUGCAUUACAUAAUUCUGCUUCUUUACACUGGCAGCUUACAGAAAACUCUGCAACAGAUGUAAAACCGAUAUGUUUUUUCUUACAUUUAACUUCACAUCUUUCACUCA